AUGGGACACAGCUUCACGACGCUCGGCGAGUUGAUCACCUCUCGAAAAUACGAGAAUGUGUUUGAGCAGUGCGAGGUGAAUGAGACGGUGGUCGAGAUCCAUACGGAGCCGAAGUUCGGCAUCGGGCAGUCGGCGCGCUUGAUUCAGACGCCUCAUGGGAAUGUGCUUUGGGAUUUGGUUGCUUAUUUGGAUGAGGGGACUGUGGAUAAGAUCACAGAGGUGGGCGGGUUGAAGUUCAUCAUCAUUUCACAUCCGCAUUUCUACACAACAUGGGCGGAUUGGUCGGCCACGUUCAAAUGCCCGGUAUACAUGACCGAGGUCGAUUCCGUCUGGGCGAACCGCACGAACCCACCACCUGAAGGGGCAACUCUGAAAUUGCUCACCGAACCCACUGCAGAGCUGCUCCCGGGCCUGACUUCCAUCAUUUGUGGAGGUCAUUUCCCUGGGAGUCAGUGUCUGCAUUCCGCACCGCCAAACACACCCAUACCAACGCUGUUUGUCGCGGAUACAAUUUUCGCGGUCCAGUCCGGGCAGAACCCUGACCCGGGGAAGAGGAGUGAUACCAUCUCGUAUCAGUUCUUGUGGAGCAUUCCUAAUUUUAUUCCGUUGCCGCCGGACGAGGUGUUAAAGAUAUGGAAGGCACUGAAACCUUUUGAUUUUAAGGCGACGUACGGGGUUAUGGCGAAGACCUCCAACGUUUUCGAGCGACCGGGCCAGUCGCUCGGUCUCAAGGGCCGAGUUCUCCAGAGUGCCAAAAUUGCGGUGAAGGCCAUGGGGUAUAAUGAUCAUGCCAUCUUUGCCGAAGAGCUGUGA